UUUAUAUGGUUAGUUACGGCGGACAAAAAUCCAGAACAACCUCGACAACAACAACAUAGACGCGAACGAGGAAGACAAGACAUGAUAAAAAAAGAACAAAGAUUUCUUAAUUAAUUAACAUGAAUGGAUUAACCCUUCUACCUAACAUGUUACUUUCUCUUCAUCCCACUCACCACCGAUUUCUUCAACCAUCUUCAUGUUUCCAAUGCUUCCAAAACCAAACAAAUUGUUCAAUUUCCAUACCCAGUUGCAAAAUCAGUCACAAAAGAUUUAUAUAUCAUCAUGAGAACAAAAGAAGAGGUGGCAAUAGAAUAACGUUUGUUGUAAGAGCAAAGCGUGGUGAAUCUCCAUAUGAAGUUCUGGGUUUGUCUCCUUCUGCAUCUGUGAAUGAAAUCAAGAAAGCCUAUAGGAAACUCGCUCUUAAGUAUCAUCCUGAUGUUAAUAAAGAGGAUAAGGCUCAGGAGAAAUUUAUGAGGAUAAAACAUGCAUACAAUACAUUGUUAAAUUCUAGUUCUCGCAAAAAAUAUGAUUCUGGAAGUCGUGGUUAUAAUUCAUCUCAAAGAAGCCAAAGUCGGAAUCCACAAGCUGAAGAAGAAUUUUAUGGAUUAGGUAAUUUUUUGAGAGAUGCUCAAAUAACAAUAGGAGACUUCUUUAAGGAUCUUCAAGAAGAAUUCAGGAAUUGGGAAGCCAGUGCAGCUUCACAAGGAAAGCCAAAGAGCCUAUGGGAGGAAUUGUCGGAAAUUGGAGAAGAAUUUGUGGAGUUUCUUGAGAAAGAACUCAAUAUUGUUGAUCAAAAUGACAAUCCUCAGGGAGGAAAUCGAUCCAAUUUAUACGAGACAGAGACGCCAAGCAACAACACUCAAGGCAAAGCUAGCAAGGGAAACACAAGCGUUGAGGAUAACCUUGAUGAAAUAGAAGCCACUCUAGCACAGUUAAAAAAGGAGCUAGGCUUAUAGAACAAAAUGAUAGCUAGUUGAAGAGUACAUGCCAAUUUAUUGCCUCUCAUUUAUUUAUCUCUUGGUGGCUCUUGCAAACUUGAGUCACCAAAUUGAGGAGUAAAUCUGUAAUUUAGUCCUUGAAAUUAUAGGAUUGUAUCAAUAUAGUCUUUUAUAUAUCAAUAUUUUAAAUUGAUCUUUUGAAUUGCAAAAUGUUAAUCAAGUUUUUCUUUUUGUAUGAA